UACUUAUAUGUUCAACAUGUAGAUACACUGAUACAUGUUUGUUUAUUCUGUAUGUGCUCAUGUAUGUGUGUGUCGGUCAUACAUGUUUGUGUCAGAUGAGAUUUAUUUUGAAGAUUUUUCUCAGGUUUGUUUGAGAGAAUUGAAGUGAUUGAAGCAACGCUAACAACAGUACAGAGACAUAUAACGUAUCCUGUUAGAUUCGAAACGUUACAUGAUCCACUUUGCCUGUAUGCUGUCGGCGUUCAGUUGUCCUACUGUGGAAGUGGACAUUAAAGUGGAUCACGUUAGCCAGGAGAAAGCCGCUCUAACUCGACCCACAUGUAGAUUCAUUCUGCAAGAACUCAACGCAGAGGAAGCAGCUCAGCUGGACAUUUUCACCGGGGAUUAUUACAUCUCUUCAAUAAAACAGAAUUCGUACCGUCAUCUGUUUUGUGCUCGGCAGCUACAAGCCCUGGGAUCCACAUCCAGCUCUCUGACCAGGACGUCCUCAGUCAGUCCUCUGGACGUCAGGGUCUCCACACCCACAGGACGGAUUCAUUCUUUUACAACCUGGUCACCAGCAGCUUCAGGAGCCGCAGGUGUUUCAAAGCGACUGAGGAUUUACUACCUGAGACCAGGUGUUCCUGUAGCGGAGGUGGAGACUCUGGUGAACAGGGGGAUGGAGGGCAGCAGUGAGCCUCGACUCCCAGACCCCCCCAAGAGGCCGCACAGCCAGACGGACUCUUUCCUCACUGCGGCUCGGCUCCUCCGCAGAGCGUGGGCGGAGGAGGGGAAGAAAACAGGGCGGCAGAUUUCCCAUCAGCCCCCUCUGAACAGGUCGGAGGGAAAUCAGGGUCCAAAACGUGCUGAGAUCUACCUGAAGGACCCCGGGAGCGGCAGGAAGACGACUGAGGGCAGAGAGGUGGAACGAAAGACAGAUGAAGUGAGACAGAUGAGUGAGGGGACGUCCUCAGCUCAGAGACAGGCCGAGCCACAGAAAGACAUUGUGUUGGUCUGGAGGUCUGGCUGUCGCAGCUCAUGCAGACAGACCAGGAGAUUUAAAGCCCCGAUUCUGCCCGUCAUUGCUGAGAUGUAGACGAGCCUCACUCCUGCCACACUGAAGUAAAGGCAGGCGCAUUUUAUGGUUACUGGUUACUCUUCUUCUUUGUUACAAUAAGUGCAUCAAUUUGUGUUGAACGCUGGACACUAUGAAUAUUCAGUGUGUGUGUGUCUGUGUGUGUGUGAGUUGAGUGUGUGUGGUGUAAUGUGUUGUUCAUUAAAAGUCAAAUAUGUACAAAUGUAA